UUCCCGCUUCUCAGCAAUAUUAAUUAUGGCGAGUGGUCUAUCCGAAUGGAGGCAGAGCUUAUCCGAAAGGGUCUAUGGGAUAUGGUGUUUGUUGAGGUAGAUUUCAUCUGGGAGACGCUCGCCCAAGUCCAUCGCACACGUGGCCUAGGUACCAGGAUGGCAUUGCGACGGAAGUUGUUGAUGGCGACAAAAGGUACGGCAGAGGCUAUGUCUGCCUGGAUUAGUCGUGUCAAGGGUAUGGCUCUGGAUUUGGAUGAUAUUGGUGUUACCGUGGACGAUGAAGACCGGAUUCUUGCGCUUACGACUGGACUCGACAAAUCGUAUGAUUCAUUUGUCAUCUCACUCGACUCGAUGGUCACUGCAGAUCUUACAUUUGACCAUGUGGUCAACCGCUUACUCAAUGAAGAUGUUCGGCGA